GUAAUCCUAAAACACCUCAGUAGUUUAUUUCCAUUUCAUUUCGGACAAAACGACGCAUCUUUGGUUCACGCUCAACGUGCUUUUCCCCGCCCACCGCCGUGACGUCACAAUGGCCUGCCCGUGACGUGCGCUGCAGUGGCGCUAGAGAGCGAAGCAUCACCGAAACACGGCAGAAAUGCCAGGCAUUGUUUAUUUCGCGUGCUCGACCGAACGCUGAAACCGUCCCCGCCGUUCCUCGCCGAGCCCCGGGACGCAUCGGUCACCUCCCGGCGCGGGAGCCGCUGUCGUCCUCUAACAAACGCGUUAACGCUGUUAUUCGUGCGUUGCGAGGUGCGCGCUCGUCUCGAGGACCUCCCGGAGGACCGUGCGCGUUUUAAAAUGAACCUAUUUUAGCAUUUAUUGAUAUGCACGGUGCCACGAGUCUCGUAUUCUGCUGACAGCUUGUGGCUUUGCGCUAUAACGCCGUCGGGUCUUCGAAGCGCGCCGCCUCUCCGUGUCGCCGUGACGCUCGGGCGAGCUUCAGGACGGCGACUCCAUACUGGACCGCGCAUCUGGGGUUCGUUUGAUGUCCUCGUGAGGAAGCCGAGCAGAAGAUGUGGGUAAACCCUGAGGAGGUGUUGCUGGCCAGCGCGCUGUGGAUGACGGAGAGAGCCAAUCCCUACUUCAUCCUGCAGAAGAGAAAGGGCCACGGAGACGGCGGAGGAGGGCUCGCGGGUCUGCUGGUCGGGACCCUUGAUGUGGUGCUGGACUCGAGCGCCCGCGUGGCCCCGUACAGGAUCCUCUACCAGACCCCGGACUCCCUGGUGUACUGGACCAUCGCCCACGGGAGCUCUCGCAAGGAGAUCACGGAGAACUGGGAAUGGCUGGAGCAGAAUCUGCUGCAGACGCUCGCCAUCUUCGAGAACGAGAACGACAUCACCACCUUCGUCAAGGGCAAAAUACAGGGCAUCAUAGCCGAGUACAACAAGAGCCACGAUAUCAGAGAAGACGACGACACGGAUAAGUUCAAGGAGGCCAUCGCUAAGUUUCGCAAGCUCUUCGUCAUGCCGGAGGAGGAGAAGCUGGUCAACUAUUACUCCUGCAGCUACUGGAAGGGCAAGGUUCCUCGGCAGGGCUGGCUGUACCUCAGCAUCAACCACCUCUGCUUUUACUCCUACCUGCUCGGGAAAGAGGCUAAGCUGGUGGUCCGCUGGGCCGACGUGACUCAGCUGGAGAAGAGCGCCACGCUGCUGCUGCCGGACAUGGUGCGGGUCAGCACACGCUGCAACGAGCACGUCUUCUCCGUCUUCCUCAACAUCAACGAGACCUUCAAGCUCAUGGAGCAGCUCGCCAACAUAGCCAUGAGACAGCUGCUGGACAACAAGGGCUUCGAGCAGGACCGCUCUCUGCCCAAACUCAAGAAGAAGUCGCCCAAGAAAGUGUCGGCCCUCAAAAGGGAUUUGGACGCCAGGGCUAAAAGCGAGCGAUACCGGGCACUUUUCCGCUUGCCGAAAGACGAGAAACUGGACGGCCACACGGACUGCACGCUGUGGACCCCCUUCAACAAGAUGCACAUCCUCGGACAGAUGUUUGUCUCCACUAAUUACAUCUGCUUCACCAGUAAAGAGGAGACCGCCUGCAGCCUGAUCAUCCCGCUCCGAGAGGUGACCAUCGUGGAGAAAGCCGACAGCUGUAACGUCCUUCCCAGCCCCUUGUCCAUCAGCACCAAAAACAAAAUGACCUUCCUCUUCGCCAACCUCAAAGACCGGGACUUCCUGGUGCAGAGGAUCUCCGACUUCCUGCAGCAGACCACCUCCAAAAUCUACUUUGAGCGGGAAAUCACGGGCAGCCUCAGCAGCUCAGACGACGAGGUGUACUCUCAUCAGGGCAGUGUGUUGUCCUGUAGUCCCCAGCGCAGCGCUCUCAGCUCCGAGGGAGACAGCGACAGACAGUUCAAUCUCAAUGAUAACAGGGUUCCCACCGCCACACAGGCCCUGAUGACCAUGUACCGCCGCCGAUCCCCGGAGGACUUCAACCCCAAACUGGCUAAAGAGUUUCUGAAGGAGCAGGCCUGGAAGAAUCACUUCACCGAAUACGGCCAGGGAGUGUGCAUGUACCGCACGGAGAAGACCAAAGAGCUGGUGCUGCAGGGCAUCCCGGAGAACAUGAGAGGAGAGCUCUGGCUCCUGUUUUCUGGGGCGAUUAACGAGAUGGCCACUCAUCCCGGUUAUUAUGAGGAUCUGGUGGAGAAGUCGAUGGGGAAGUACAAUCUGGCCACGGAGGAGAUCGAGAGAGACCUGCACCGCUCUCUCCCAGAGCAUCCGGCCUUUCAGAACGAGAUGGGCAUCGCCGCUCUGCGUCGAGUCCUCACCGCAUACGCCUUCCGCAACCCCAACAUCGGCUACUGCCAGGCCAUGAACAUCGUGACCUCCGUCCUGCUGCUGUACGCUAAAGAGGAAGAGGCCUUCUGGCUGCUGGUGGCCUUGUGUGAGCGCAUGCUUCCUGACUACUACAACACCAGAGUCGUGGGAGCUUUGGUGGACCAGGGUGUGUUCGAGGAGCUGGCUCACGUCUACGUUCCUCAGCUGUACGACUGCAUGCAGGCUCUGGGCGUCAUCUCCACCAUCUCUCUGUCCUGGUUCCUCACACUCUUCCUCUCCGUCAUGCCCUUCGAGAGCGCCGUGGUGGUGGUCGACUGCUUCUUCUACGAGGGCAUCAAGGUCAUCUUCCAGCUAGCUUUGUCGGUGCUCGAUGCUAACAUCCAUCAGCUUCUGAGCUGCAAAGACGACGGAGAGGCCAUGACCAUCCUGGGCAGGUAUCUGGACAGCGUGACCAAUAAGGACAGCACUCUUCCUCCAAUCCCUCAUCUUCACUCUCUCCUGACGGAUAACGGCGAGCCUCACCCCGAGGUGGACAUCUUCAAACUAGUGCGCAGCUCCUACGAGAAGUUCGGCUCCAUCCGGGCGGAUGUGAUCGAGCAGAUGCGUUUCAAACAGAGGCUGAGAGUGAUCCAGGCCAUCGAGGACACCACCAAACGCAACGUGGUGCGGACCAUCGUGACGGAGACGCCCUUCAGCAUCGACGAGCUGGAGGAGCUCUACACACUCUUUAAGGCCGAGCAUCUGACCAGCUGUUACUGGGGCAGCACCAGUAACCCCAUGAGCCGGCACGACCCGAGCCUGCCGUACCUGGAGCAGUACCGCAUCGAUCUGGAGCAGUUCAAGGCGCUGUUUGCUCUGCUCUUCCCCUGGGCCUGCGGCACGCACACGGACGACCUGGCCCUGCGCUUCUUCCGUCUGCUGGACCACAACACAGACGCCCUCAUCAACUUCAGAGAGUUCAUCAGCGGCCUCAGUGUCCUGUGUCACGGGGACCUGACGGAAAAACUCAAAUUUCUGUACAAGAUUCACGUACUUCCAGAGCUGCAUCAGGAGCAGGAGGAGCCCGACUCUGCGUGUGAAGCUAUGCAGUAUUUUUUUGAGGACAUCACCCCAGAGACCUCCAGCGGCCUCGACCAGAAGAACAGAGCGGAGAAGGACGAAGGUUUCGUGGGAGUCACCUUUAAAAGUGAAAAGGUUAAGAAAAUGCACACUCCAGAUUACCGCACGUACCUCCGCCUGUGGAACCAGGAGACCAAAGCAAAGUUAGAGAGCAUGAAGGAUCUGCCCAAACUCAACCAGAGUCAGUUCAUCGAGCUGUGCAAAACUCUGUACAACAUGUUCAGCGAGGAUCCCAGCGAGCAGGAGCUGUAUCACGCCACGGCCACGGUCACCAGCCUGCUGCUGGAGAUGGGAGAGGUGGGCAAGCUCUUCAGCAGCCAGCCUCACAAGAGCGACGAGGAAGAGGACGAGGAGGAUGAGGACGAGCGCGUCCCGCCGAGCCGGAGCCAGCCGGAGCGAGCGGCGCGCCGCAGAGACACGGCUCCCUCGGAAGACGUCCGGCCGGAGGACUCCUCCCCCCGAGACACGGCCACGUCCUCGGCCAUGCUCAUCUCCGACGACGAGACCAAAGACGACACGUCCGUGUCCUCCUACUCCGUCCUGAGCGCCGGCUCGCACGAGCUGCAGUGCGAGGACAUCGCAGAGGACACCGUGCUCAUCCGCAGUGGCGCGGCGGCCGCCGGGCGUCACGGGAGGAGCCGUCUGCCUCACAGCGCCAGCAUCGAUAAGGACUGGGCCAUCACCUUCGAGCAGUUCCUGGCCUCGGUGCUCACCGAACAAGCCCUGGUGCAGUACUUCGAGAAGCCCGUGGAUGUCGCCGCGCGAAUAACCAACGCCAAGAACGUCCGCAAGGUGGGACACCAACACAUGUCCGUCAGUGACUACGAGAUCUCGCUAUCGGGAUAGAAACUCUUACCUCGGCGUUUGGGGGUUAAAGGAGGAGUUAAGAUCUGAGCAUCGUUUACUCACUUUUGCGUUCCGAACCUGGCUAGUUUUUCGCCAAAAGUUAAUGCUAGUUUCUCCGAACAUUGAAAGGGGGCGGUGUAAUGAUAAGUCGAUUAAUGGAGCGUUUCUGUGUUUUUGAAUCAAUUCUAGACUUGGCUCUCAACAGCAGAUGGCGCUCUCCGCUGGUUUUUAAGUGCUCAUGAAGAAGAGCUCUGGUGUAUUUGCGCCUCUGCUUUUAUGACACAAGAUUAAAGGAACAUACCAUUUCUUUAGAAAACAGGCUCCUUCUCCAACUCCCUUAGAGUUGACAGUCGAUCCUAACAGUCGAGUUUCGCCGGUUUCGAACCCAUUCAGCUUCUAGCUGUAGCUUAGCAUAGAUCAUUGAAUCCGAUUAGACCGUUAGCGUCACACUCAAAAGAGCUUCGAUAUUUUUCCUAUUUAAAACGUAACUCUCUUGUAGUUGCAUCGUGCACCAAGACUGAUGAAAAAAUUUAAAGUUGUGAUUGAAUAUAUAGUUCCUGGUCAUAUCAGUGUAGAAAAUCGCAACUUUUCGUUUUUGAACGAGGCGCUAACGGUCUAAUCGGAUUCAAUGAUCUAUGCUAAGCUACAGCUAGAAGCGCUGGGCCAGACCCCGGACAUCGGCUGAAUGGGUUCGAAAACCGCGAAACUCGACCGUUAGGAUCGACUGUCAACUCUAAGGGAGUUGGAGAACGAUUCCAGAGAGAAUAGCCUUGCAUUCGGAGAACCACAGACUUGUUUUAUCGCUACACCCCUAGAAACCAUCGACAUGACAAGAAGCACCAUAAAAUUAGACGUGGACACUACAUAGUGAGUUUUCUGAAGCCAUACGCUAGUAUAUUAAAGUUUGUGUGUUUCUCUCACGUUUUAUGAAUUUAGAGAUUUUAUAAAAAAAAUAAUGGCCGUAUUUACGACGUCCGGUGUCGGUUUGAAAUGUUGUAUGCUCUGUUUGAUCUUCUGUGUUUUACGAGGUUGGCUGUUUUUGCGGCGAACGUUUAGCACACAAAAACUCAGCUUAAAUUUAGCGUCUUUCUUACUUUUAAGACUUUUUGUAACAAUUUUAUAAGCCGCUUUUAUGAUGCUUCCUUGUCAUCCCCAAGAGGUCGCGGUGUUUUAUUUCGCAUUUUAUUCGUGGCUUGAAAUUUUCAGGACAGUUUCACCCCAAAAAAUUCAUGCGCUUUCGCGUUUUUCUGUCGGCGAACCUAAAUAAAAACGUGUUUUCUAAAGCCAUAAACUAGCAAAUAACCCAUUUUACGACUUUAGACAUUUAUCUGCCGUUCGUGUGAUGUUUUAGCGUCCUGUUUUGGAGCUUGAAAUCUCCUUUCCCCGUUGUACGGAAAUGAGCAGCCUGGACAUUCGGUUAAAUAUCUCCUUUUGCGUUCUACCUUAAGAAACAGCCUCGUGCGGCUCUGGAACGACGCAAAGGUCAGAAAACGAUGGCAGUACUUUUUAUUUUUGAUCUCCCCUUAAAUCAGCGGGAAGCUUCAAAGGCUCGAUGUUGGCGUGAGCUCGUUUGGGAACGGACAGUAAUGAGUUUCCCGGGGGAUCGUCUUUGAUCCGAGGACGGAGGGGCCGUGAAGUGACCGACACGAUGACCUUUUUACCUGUACAAAGUCUGAGAGGACCUGUUGUAUACUACAACGCGCUUGAUGUACUUUAUAUACAGAAGUGGUUACUAAUAAUAUCUAACGCAGUUAGGCUGUUUAUCAUAGUAAUCGUGUCUAGAAUAGCUCACUAGUCCUGAGAUGAAACACCUUCUUAAUCUGCAUUAGUGUUUUAUGUUCUAAUAAAAGUAUCUAAAUCUCAAAAAAAAAAAAAAAAAAAAAAAAAGUCAUUUAAGAAGCAAAACGGUAUGCAAGAAUUAAAGGUAAAGGCAUUUAUUUAUUUUAUUUUAUUAAUUUUUUUUUUUCAAGGAUGGACCCAAUAAAAAGUAUAUAUAUAUAUAUUUAUUCUAAAACCAAGAUAAGAAUGAAAAUAUACAAUAUUUGCACAAACAAACAGUACAUUCAACUUUAUAUUUAUUUUACAAUAGAAUGUUUUCUGAGAUCUUGUGUGCUGUUGCUUUUCGAGCGUCUCCUGAAGAUUUAGAUAUUUUUACUUACUGAAAUAAGGCAAAAAUACAGAUUAAGGUUUGGUUUGGUUUUCUAGUACAGUAUAGUAGAUGAUCUUUAACGUGAGAGAGCGCUCGCUGUCUGUGAUAUUUAACACGGGAAGGUUUUCUAAAUCGUCCGUAAUUUCCCAGAUCGGUCUUUUCUCUCUUCCUCUCUCGAUUCCUUGCACCUGCACUUUGGGUUUUUCUUCUCUGUGAGUGGUUGAGGAUGUUUUUGAUCUCAGAUCUGAAGCGGCUGAGAGGUCGACGCAGUCCAGCCGGCUUUGAUUUCUGAUUCACAGUGUUUGCUGGAGACUAUGAUUGUGUACAGUUUUUAUUUCUCACCGGGCAUGUGGCAUGUCUGUGCACCUUCUCGUAACUUAUUGUUUGAUUGUUUUAGGUUUUUUUUUUUUAAAUACUUUGUUUCAUGCUGCUGUUUUUAGGAUUACGUGGUUCAGAUCGACCUGUACGUGAUUCAGAUCACUUCAGCCAUUAAAAGUUUGAAUGGAAACAUCCUGUCCUGUUAUCAAAAACUCUCCUUUUCUGUUUCAUUUGUUGUGUACAGUAUUGCAGUAAAACACGUGGGGUAAAACGAUUGAAAAUAAAGUGUUUAUUAUUA